AUGCUCACAAUGAAUGAGGGGAAGCAGCAUAUCUUCAUGCAGCGGGUGCUGUUCAUCUUCGAAGUGACGAAGCAAAAAGCUGGCAAGGCUCAGGUGCUGCACAUGCCUGUGUCACAAUGGGCCUUGGAGUGCGACAUUUGUUGCAUGGCCGGGUAUGUCCUGGAGCAAAUGCAGCAUCACAAGAACUCUGACAACUUGAUUGUGUUCCCUGAGGAGACCAUCAAGUUAGUGAUGAAUCGCCUCAUUGAGGGGGAUUUCCAUGAAGAGCUCAAGCCAAUGCUUGAGGGAAGGGAUCCUGGCUUCAGCCCUGAGAUGUGUUCGAUGUGGGCCGACCAUCUCCCUGCUGCUGCUGCUCCAUCUGAUGGGUCCGAACUGGUGAAAGCGGAUGAGACCCUGGACAGCUUAACCAAGCAGAACUUCAAGCUUCAAUUUGAAGCAGAUGCCUUGGCACUGGCUCGUGAUGCUGCUCAGUUGGCUCGGCUGUAUACUGAGGAAUCCAAAUCGGAGCGAACAAGUCGAGUAGCCAAGGUGUGCCAUCUUCGACAGGAGAAUCACAUUGGUUCCACUUUGGCGGCACAGUUUAUGAGCAAUAACUGCCACCACAGAGCAGGAACUCCGACUGAGCUUCAAGAAGAGCUCAUGAAGGAUCUCAACGUGACGAUGGAUUGCGUCCGCAAGGCUCUGGCCUCCAUGCCAGAACGCGGAGUUUGCUUUGCAAUCGCGCCGAGGAUCGAAGACAAAAUGGAUGCCAAGAAGUUGUAUGCUGAAAGCAUCACGCUACGGACUCCACGCGACUUGCUGCCAUGGACCCCUGAGCACAUGUACGUUGUGCCAACGGGCCGGGACGCCGUACCACAUGCAUCGGAAGGGGUCAGGUCUUUGAGUGAUGUGCAAGAGACUGCUCAACUUCUCGCUGGAGAAGCACUUCCUCAAUCCGUGAUUGCAUCCUUGCUGAAAGGCAGCGAAGCUCAUUCUUUGAUUGGGGUUGUCAACCUCACACCUUAUGAGGGGAACUUGGAGCUUUCGAUGAUCAAGAGCUCCAUUGAGAAGCAAAUGCACACCUUCCGAAGCCUUUCAUUGAGUACGGAUCUAACACUGAUCCAGCAUUGUGAGAGGGAAUGCGCCAUGUUCCUCUUUGAGGACCCCGAUUGGAAGCGGGGUGGCAAAACGAUGGGCAAUGUGAGGCCCUAUGACCCUACACCACCUCCUGUAGACAAGGUGGACCUCAGCUCUUACCCCUUGAAGCUUGCCAAGCUCUCUCUGAACAACAAAGCGAAAGGGAUCAAGAAGUAUGUCAUUGAGCUUUCCAAUGAAGUUCGCGGCCUACACUUGGAGAACCCGCUGUUUGCUCCCCAAUGGCGCAGCCUCAUCCAAGACUUCGACAAGAAGUUUUGUGGGGGCUCUGGAAGCUGUCCAGACCCUUCCAACCACCCUGCUGCACCUGUGGAAGAUGCAGCUCCCAAGCCCUUCUCCUUGGAACCUGACACACUGGAGGGGUUGCUUGAGCAGUAUGUGGUGGAAAACAAAGUGCCAGCUCGUGAACCAGGAUGCAUGCUCAUGCUUACUUCGGCCAAAAGGCGGGAUGGAAGCUCAGUCGAAAUGCUCGUCUCACACCAAGACUUCGAGCUCGGCUGUGGAGAGUUCCAACUUGCACAUGGCAAGUCCUCCUGGCUGUCCCGGGAGAAAUACCAGAAGCUCAUGCGCGAGGGUGGAGGCUUGGUUCUUGCUGGUACUCUUGUGGAACCAUGCUGA